AAAGUAUUGAUAAGAAGAGACAAGAACGUUUGAAGAAGAAAGAAACUACAAAUAGCUUUAUAUACUAAUUAGUUUGUUGGCCAGAAAGGUGACUGCGAAACAAAAUACAAAUCCAUUCAGUUGGUGAUCAUACUUUGAGGAGAAUAUACGCAACGCGCACUAGCCUCGUUGAUUUGCAAAGUUCGUACGAAAUUGUGCUCUUGAAAUUUUAAAAUAGAUAUUGAAUAACAUAUCAAGUUUUCCAUAAAAUGGACAUAUACCAGGUGACGGGUUUGAAGAAACCAGAAUUGGUUGAACACAUCGAAAAGUACGGUGAUUUGGAUGAACCUACCAAAGAACUGAUACAGGCAGCGAUUGCAGUCCAGAAGCACGCCUAUGUACAAUAUAGUAACUUCUAUGUUGGUUCUGCUUUCCGCACGAAAGACAAUCGCAUCUUUGCGGGUUGUAAUAUUGAAAACGCCAGUUUCACACCUACAUCGUGUGCGGAACGCACCGCCAUUAGCAAAGCCGUUUCUGAGGGAUAUCUUGAGUUUGUUGCAGGUGCAGUGGUCGCUUAUCAAGAGGACGCCUUUACAACGCCGUGUGGCGUGUGUCGACAAUUUAUAAUGGAGUUUGCGCCUAACGAUAUACCACUAUUCAUUACAAAAUCGCAAGUCAAUGUUGAGAAGUCGAACGAAGAUCUGGUGCUGUCGACAUCCAUUUAUAAUCUGCUGCCUCAUGGAUUUCGCACGUAUAAAAAGAAUUGAUUAAUUACAUAACGAAAAGACAAAUAUUUUAAUCGAUAGUUACUCUUUAAUCAUAUCAAACUAUGGACCUCACUUAUACCGUUAUUGUUGGCAAUAAUAAUGGUUUAUUGUAUAUUUAAUUAGAAACUGGCAAUAGCAAAUAGUUUAGGUGAAGUGUAAUUUUGUACAAAUCAUAAAUACACAUAAAUAUUUAAUUUAAUUUUAAAUUUGGCAAAACAUUUUGCGCAAAUUAUGACGCUUUUGUAUUUUUUAUAAACAUUCUCCCAUCGAUAUCUCCCAAUUUCGACGAAGAGCGUUAAAGAGCAAAACAAUUUAAUUCUUAAUAGGUAUGUCUUUAAUUCUCUUGAAUUCAAUUCGUUUUAUCUCUGAUAAAAUGCGAUAAGCCUUGCAAAUUUAUUAACUUGUAAACCUUGAACUUCAACGGUUUUUAGUUUCGUAAUCUUUACUUCGAAAAUAAGAUUGGUGCCCAAUUAAAGCAAUUUUGCACAGAAGUGCAUUAUGCUCUCCUACAUGUACAUAUACUAUAUUGAGUAAGCUCGCAAUUUUUCGCUUAUAAAUGCCAUAGACAAUUUGAAACUAAAACUAUUAUAUAAUCUAUUUGUUCAUAACUGAAAAAAAAUUCAGUAAUAUCAAUAUUUUACUUAAGUUAUAAAAAAAAACAAAACAUCUUACUAAAAUUGUAUUAGAGCCAAUUGAGAUAAAGACUAAUUUCAGUUCAAUCGAAUAUUCAUAGGUUCAUGUUAUCGGGGAUGACCUGUGCAUUAAUUAUAAUGUUAUCAUUUAGAGUCAUUAAUUUAUUAAAUUAUUACUUCAGCGCAGAAUAACUGAGAUAUCAAA